UUCAAAAUAAAAGGUUUUGGUUCAAUUAUCCACACCAUGUUCUCCCUCUCAAAACUAAAUUAUCAGAAUAAAUAAAUAAAUAAGCAGACAAACAUGGCUUUCAUUUGGAAGUCAUUUGCUGCAAAUUCCUCUGUAUCAACUCCUAGAGAAGCUACUAUUGCCGUGAUGCAGAGCUCUUCGUAUACAGUCCUUUCACAAAGAACUUGCUCAUCCUUUAGGAGAACGGCUUGUAUUAAAUUAUUCGAUUUCAGAGGAAGCUCAUCGCGCAGAGCCUUUUCUUUCUUAAAUAUGACACGUUAUUCAACUUACUCUGGUGAUGAGUUUAGUUCUUCUUCAAAGCGAAGAUCUCGAGGACCUGUUAUGGCUGCAAAGAAAGCGGCUGAAGGGAUAAGUCAAGAAGAGGGAAAGUACAAGCACACAGUUGAUUUGCCGAAAACAACUUUUGGCAUGAGAGCUAAUGCUCUGGUUAGGGAGCCUGAAAUUCAGAAAUUAUGGGAUGAUCAUCAGGUUUUCAAGAAGGUUGCAGAUAAAAAUGAUGGGGGAAAUUUUGUUCUUCAUGAUGGCCCUCCAUAUGCCAAUGGAGACCUGCACAUGGGCCAUGCUCUGAAUAAGAUAUUGAAGGAUAUCAUUAAUCGUUUUAAGCUUCUCCAAAAUUAUAAAGUUCAUUAUGUGCCUGGUUGGGACUGUCAUGGCCUCCCAAUUGAGUUGAAAGUUCUGCAGUCAUUGGAUCAGGAUGCCAAAAAGGACCUCACUCCAAUGAAGUUAAGAGCGAAGGCUGCCAAAUUUGCCAAAGCGACAGUCAAAGCUCAGAUGGCAUCUUUUAAGCGCUAUGGAGUAUGGGCAGACUGGAGUAACCCUUAUCUAACUCUUGAUCCUGAAUAUGAGGCUGCACAGAUUGAGGUUUUUGGCCAGAUGGCCCUUGAAGGGUAUAUAUAUCGUGGCAAGAAACCUGUUCACUGGAGUCCUUCAUCACGUACUGCUCUUGCAGAGGCUGAAUUGGAGUAUCCUGAGGGACAUGUUUCAAGAAGCAUAUAUGUCAUUUUCAAGAUAUUGAGUGCCCCUCCAACUUCCAACGGCUUAUUAAAAGAAUUCUUUCCAGAUUUGUGCUUGGCCAUAUGGACAACAACUCCUUGGACUGUCCCAGCGAAUGCUGCUGUUGCAGUGAAUGCCAAACUUCAAUAUGCGGUUGUUGAAGUACAAUCCUUGGAAGGUGUUUCUGUGAUUCCUGAAAAUAAGGAGAGAAAGAUUGGAAAUGUUCUAAAGGAACAGAAGAAGCUUUUCAUUAUUGUGGCAUCUGAUCUUGUGCCCACAUUACAAGCAAAAUGGGGCACGAAGCUUGUUGUCAAGAAAACAUUGUCAGGUUCAGAUCUUGAAAACUGCAGGUAUGUUCACCCAAUAGAUAACAGGGAAUGCCCGGUUGUCAUCGGAGGAGAAUAUAUUACUACAGAAUCAGGAACUGGACUGGUGCAUACAGCUCCUGGUCAUGGUCAGGAGGAUUUUGUGACUGGCUUGAAAUACAGACUACCUAUACUUUCUCCUGUAGAUGAUGAUGGAAAUUUUACUGAAGAAGCUGGACAGUUCAGUGGGCUUCAUGUACUUGGAGAUGGAAAUGGUGCUGUUGUGAACUACUUAGAUGAACAAAUGUCCCUUAUCAUGGAAGAGUCAUACAAGCACAAGUAUCCAUAUGAUUGGCGAACUAAAAAGCCUACUAUAUUCAGGGCAACCGAGCAAUGGUUUGCAUCAGUGGAAGGAUUUCGCAAGGCUGCUAUGGAUGCAAUUGGCCAAGUAAAAUGGAUCCCUCCUCAGGCAGUAAACAGAAUUUCUGCAAUGACUUCUAGUCGCUCGGACUGGUGCAUAUCAAGACAAAGAACAUGGGGAGUUCCUAUUCCAGUCUUUUAUCAUGUGAAGUCAGGGGAACCUCUUAUGAAUGGAGAAACUAUUGAUCAUAUCAAGUCUAUAAUAUCUCAGAAGGGCAGUGAUGCAUGGUGGUACAUGACUGUGGAGGAUCUACUUCCAGAAAAAUAUCGUACAAAUGCAUCAGACUAUGAGAAAGGAACGGAUACAAUGGAUGUCUGGUUUGACUCUGUUCUAAAAUCUCUUCAUAUUCAUCUGACAUGGCCCUUCAGUUGGAAUCUGGUGUUUCUUAGUUUCUCACAUCCUAUUCCAGGUUCUUCUUGGGCUGCUGUGUUGGGAAAAAGAAAUGGCCUUGGUUUUCCUGCAGAUUUGUACCUUGAAGGAACAGACCAGCAUCGUGGAUGGUUCCAGAGUUCUUUGUUAACAUGUAUUGCAACUAAAGGAAAGUCUCCAUAUUCCAGUGUUGUAACACACGGAUUUGUAUUAGAUGAGAAAGGUUCUAAGAUGAGCAAAUCUUUGGGUAAUGUUGUAGAUCCACAAAAGGUUAUCGAGGGAGGGAAAAACCAAAAGGAAGCACCUGCCUAUGGAGCUGAUGUUUUACGUCUCUGGGUUUCAAGUGUGGAUUAUACAGGUGAUGUGAUGAUUGGCCCUCAGGGCCUCCGUCAAAUGUCUGACAUAUACAGAAAGCUUCGAGGAACACUUAGAUACCUUUUGGCUAAUCUGCAUGAUUGGAGUGUUGGUAAUUCUGUUCCAUAUGAUGAUCUUCCCAUUAUCGAUCAGUAUGCCCUAUUUCAACUUGAAAAUGUUGUGAAGAACAUCAGAGAGAGUUAUGAAAACUAUCAGUUUUUUAAAAUUUUCCAGAUUAUACAAAGGUUUGUCAUCGUCGAUCUGUCAAAUUUCUAUUUCGAUGUUGCCAAAGAUCGGCUUUAUGUUGGGGGAUCAACAAGUUUUACUAGAAGAAGUUGUCAAACAGUUCUCUCUGCACAUCUGCUUUCCAUUGUUAGGAUAAUUGCUCCAAUUCUGCCACAUCUGGCUGAAGAUGUGUGGCAAAACCUCCCCUUUCAGUAUACUCUUGAAGAUGGUUCUAUUGCUGAAUUUGUUUUUGAAUCAAAAUGGCCCAUGUUGAAUGAAAGAUGGCUUGCCUUCCCUGUUGAAGAAAUUGAUUUCUGGGGAAAAAUUCUUGAGCUGAGAACAGAGGUAAAUAAAGUGCUGGAGGUUGCUCGUACAGGGAAGUUAAUCGGUUCAAGUUUAGAGGCGAAGGUUUAUCUACAUACUGGUGAUGCUAGUCUGGCUUCUAGAUUGCAUGAAAUGUGUGCAGCUAAAAACGAUGCGGAUACAUUGCAACGUAUAUUCAUAACAUCUCAGGUAGAGGUGAUUCCGUCUAUGGAGAAGGAAGUGAUUGAGAAAAUUCCCUAUUCCGGAGAGUAUCUCGUUCAAGGAAAGGAUAGGAUAUGGAUUGGUGUGUCGCAUGCAGAGGGUUCAAAAUGCGAACGAUGCUGGAAUUACUGUCUGCAAGUUGGAUCCUUUGUAGACCACCCCACACUUUGCAGUCGCUGUUAUAAUGUUAUUGCAGUUCAACCACUGCCUUCUAUGGCAGCUGUCAGCUAAGAGCUCAAGGAUUUAUCUGGUUUGUUCGAUAUUCUGAGUUUCAUGGUGAGAUUUGAUGGUGGUGACUAAGCUUUAACUUCAACCUUGGUAUAUGCAGUCCAUUUUUGGCCAAGUGAUCAGAAACCAAAGGUAUAAAGCUAUUACAAUCCCAAAUUAUAAUAACUUCAAUUCCAUUCUUUGGUUAUAAAUUAUUUGAAUAUUUACAUACAUGAGAUACGAAGGGAUGCUAAUCAAAAUUAUUUAUUGAAUAUUUAUUUUCAUUU